GCGGGGAGCCCGGGACCCCGGCUUUAGCCACCCGCCGCUGGUCAUGCGCUCCAGCUCGGACGCCGUCCUGGACCCCGAGGCCCCGCGGCCGCCCGCGCCCCCCGGCCCCGCCUGCCGCCGGCUGCCCUGGGCGCUGAGCGCCGCGCUGCUGCUGCUGCUGCUCGCGGCCGCCUGCGCCGCCUGCGCCGUCCGCGCCUGGGAGCGGCCCCGCGGCCCCGCCUCGCCCGGCCCCAGCCCCGCGCCCGGCUGGAGGCUCCCGGAGCUCCCUCCCGACGCCCGGGCCCGCCUCCCCGACUCCCCGCAGGAUGUGGGCGUGUUCGCGCAGCUGGUGGCCCGAGAUGUACUGCUGACGGAAGGGCUCCUGCAUUGGUACAGUGACCCUGGCUUGAAAGGUGUGUUCCUGACACCCGGCCUGAGCUACGAUGAGCACACGCAGGAGCUGGUGGUGUCUGAGGCCGGCAUCUACUACGUCUUCUUGCACCUGGAACUGCAACGUGUGGUGGCCAGACCUGGCUCUGGCUCUGGCUCUGUCUCCAUUGCCUUGCACCUACAGCCGCUGGGCACAGAGGCUGCAGCUCUGGCCCUGACCUUGGACCUGCCGCCAUCUUCAUCCUCUGAAGCCCGGCACUCAGCAGCUGGUUUCCGGGGUGGCCUGCUGCACCUGCGUGCUGGCCAGCGCCUGGGUGUCCAUCUCAGUGCUGUGGCUGGGGUGCACCCCACCUGGCAGCUUGCACAAGGUGCCACGGUCUUGGGCCUCUACCGAGUGGCCACCAAGGUCCCUGCUGGACUGCCCUUGGGACAGCCUUCAUGAGGCAGGCGGGGUUGCCACCCGCUGCAGGGAGACUAAAUCCUGCCUUUCUUCCGCGGGGCCUCGGGUGAUGGGCCCUGGCUUCUCUACCUCACCAGGCAGGGCAGGAGUUCUGGCUGCUGACACCCCCCCCCCCCCCAAGGACUUUCCUGGUCUCUCUAUCACUCCUGCCCCAAGUCAAACCCUUGGUAUUUAUUAUGAGCCUGCGCUCAGACAGUGGACUUUAUAUUUAUCUGUUUAACUUAUAUUUAUUGAAUGCCCAGGCGAGGUACUGUGCAGCACGGCUGGAGAAACAGACCAAAACAAACAAACGAACAAAGAAACAAACAGCAGCAAGCCAAACAGACCUCAAAAAAUCCUUACUUACGUUAAUAUGUGAGAAAUAAAGACUCACUCCUAGCCUCCCCCUUUGGGAUUUGUGGGGUCGCUUUAGGGGGUCUGCAGAAUUCUUUGUUGUGUGAGUUUCAUUCAUGCAACUUGUCUUUUGACCAUCUACGAUGUGUGAGGCACUGUUUUAGGUGUUGAGGACACAGCAAUGAACAAAACAGACCAAAACUCCAGCUUUUGCCAAGCUGGCGUCUUAUAGGCAGGUUUGCCACUGUGACCGUGAUUGUCUGUGACCUGGUGUGCCUGGGCCAGGGGGCAGUGUGAGAUGGUGGAUGGUACUGGGUAAUAAAAUGUUUAUAAAUUUAA